GCAGAUUGAUUUUACUCUACAAUCACUGACAGCAUGGCGACUGACAAGGAGGCACCUCUGGGCUCCAUCGAGAACCCGAUCAAGUUUGGAGAUCAGGACUUCAAGACUCUCCUGGAAGAGUGUCUGAAGUCCGGAGAGCUGUUUGCUGAUCCAGACUUUCCAGCUGAUCAGAAGUCCAUUGGUAUGCCGGAAGAUCCGGAUCCAAAAAAGGAGAUCAAGUGGCAGCGACCAAAGGAAAUCAGUGAGAACGCCGUGUUUGUUGAGGGCACAACUGGGACCACCGAUAUCUGUCAGGGCCAACUGGGUAACUGUUGGCUGCUGGCAGCCCUGUCCUGUCUGACCAUGCACCCUACGCAGUUUGUGAAGGUGGUGCCACCCAACCAAAGUCUGUCCAAGCCUUAUGCAGGAAUCUUCUAUUUUAGGUUCUGGCAGUAUGGUGAGUGGGUGGAGGUGGUUGUGGAUGACAGGCUGCCAGUACGUGAAGGCCGUCUGCUCUUCAGCUACUCUCACACCCGCAACGAGUAUUGGAGCGCCCUGGUGGAGAAGGCCUAUGCCAAGUUAGUUGGCUCCUAUGGCAGUCUGAAGGGAGGCAACAUAUCAGAAGGGAUGGAGGAUUUCACAGGUGGCAUCGCAUACUCCAUGGAUGUCUCAUCUCGUACUCCUCGAGUCCUCUGGAGGUCCCUGACAGCUGCCCUGUCUCGAGGCAGCCUGCUCAGCUGCUUUAUCGAGGCCAGCAGCUACCGUGAUAUCGGUAAAGUGACAGGAAACGGGCUGAUAAAGGGCCACGCUUACGCCAUCACUGACACUGACAAGGUGACGAAAGCAUCAGAUGAGAUUUUGUUGCUGAGGUUGAGGAACCCCUGGGGUUUUGUGGAAUAUCGUGGACCCUGGAGUGACAAGGGUAAGGAGUGGGAUGCAGUGGACAAAGCAGAGAAAGAAAGGAUUGAGCUGAAAAGUAAAGAAGAUGGAGAGUUCUGGAUCAGUGCUGAGGAUUUCUCCAGCCUGUUUGACAUCGUGGAGCUCUGCAGUAUAAAUCCUGACACUUUGGUGGAGGGAAACACACCUGCCUCUCCUGCCUCACCUGCCUCCCCAUCUACCUGGACCAUCAGUGAACAUGAAGGACUCUGGGUACCGGGGAGCACUGCUGGUGGUAGCCGCAGAUACCGCAAGUCUUUCUGGAGGAAUCCUCAGUUCCAAUUGGUCCUCACAGAGCAGGACCAGCAAGACGAUGAUGAUGAUGAUGAGGAGGAGGAUGAGGAUGAUGAGGACGACGAGGUGAUCGCUCCAGAGGAGAAGUUAACAGAAAAACAGAAGCAGAAGGCCAAACAGUGCACAGUGCUGGUGGAGUUGCUGCAGAAAAACCGCAGGCAGAAGGAUAAAAUCCACUUCCUCUACAUGGCUUUCCACAUCUACAAGGUUCCUCCUGAGCUCCAGGGUGUGUGUCUGAGCAGAGACUUCUUCAUUAAAAAUCGCCCUGUGGGUCGCUCUGGGAAAUACAAGUCUCAGAGGGGUGUGUGGAGGAAGCUACAUCUGGACCCGGGUAACUACAUCAUCGUGGCGUCUACCUAUCGACCCAACCAGCCUGGAGACUUCUUUAUCCGCAUUUUCUCCAAGACUGGAAACACUCUGGGGACUCAGGACUUUACCUGUGCCUCUAGCUUCCUCCCGGUUAUGGCAACUCCUGUCUCCCCGGAGGAUCAAUUGAAAGUUCAGAAGACUUUUGAUGAGGUGUCUGGCCCAGAUGGCAAACUGAACGCCAAGGAGCUCAUGAUGCUGUUCAACUCAGCUCUUGUCAAAGAUUACCACCUACCACUGGAGACGUGCAGACAGCUCAUCUUUGGAGAGGAUACUAAAGGGCGCUCCAGUCUCACCCGUAAACAAGCAGAAACCCUGCUGUCCAGUUUACGCAAUCUGCAGUCCAUCUUUUUCCAGUACGAUGAGGACUCCUCUGGGACCAUGAGCCCCUUUGAGCUCAGUACAGCCCUGCAGGCUGUUGGAAUGCAGUGUGAUAACAAAGUGGUCCAGCUGCUGUCUGAGCGCUUUGCAUCUGGAGAGCUUCACAUGCCCUUCCAUGGAUUUGUGUCAUGUGUCACCAGGCUGCACAAGCUCUUUGCGCUGUAUGAAUCAGAGACCAGUCAAGAGGUGAAAGACAGAGGGAUCAACUCUUGGCUGCUCCAGUUCCUGACAGUGUGAAGACACUUUAAGAAGAGGAUCUCCACGUUAGAUCCAGCUGAGCCACACAGUAUACUGUCGAUUAUAAAGACACCAUAACCUACAUAAACUGUAUUUUAGAACUGCUUUUCCAUGUGUGCCUUAUUCCAAAGCAACAGCUGUGUCAAAGUCAUUUAUGUUUUGUUAUAUCGUUGUUUUAUUCUUACUUCAGUUCGUAUUAUUCUAAAGCUCAAAGUUCAGCUGUUGUAGCCUCCCCCACACUACACAUGCAGAAAAAAUAUAAUCAUGUUUAAAUUAGAAUAAAAUAAAACAAUAUAACUGACUAAAACAAGUCGCUUAAAAGAAGAAAUAAAGACAAAAAAUACCUAUAUACAUACAUCAUCAUCAUUUAAUUGUUAUGCAGCGCUGUUAUAUUACUCCACAUUUAAAUAAAAUUGAUUUCAUAAGU